AAGAUGGGGGGCGGCAUGAGCAAGGACCGCAACAAGAACUGGGACCUGGAGGCGAUCAUCGACCACGAGAGCAGCAUCAACGUGAUGGCUGUGAGCGAGGACAAGUCGGUGCUGGUGACGGGCUCCGAGGACUGCACCGCCCGUAUGUGGAGCACCCAGGGCGAGGAGACCGAGUGCAUGGGCAUACUCAGGGGCCACAAGAACUACAUCACCACCAUCGGCACGGUGGGAGUGUACGUCAUCACGGGGAGCGCCGACACCACCAUCAGGAAGUGGGAGAUGGCCACUUGCGCCUGCGUCUUCGUCUACCAAGGCCACACCUCGCGGGUCACGCGCGUGCUCUGCACAGCCGACUUCCUGAUCUCGUCCUCCUACGACAAGACCUGCAAACUGUGGCUGUUCGAGACCGAGGAUGACGACGACGAGGAGUCCGUCUGCAUCCGCACGUUCGAGGGUCACACGGCCGGCGUCUACCCGAUCUGCUUCAUCCCCGGCGAUGACGAGCAAGGGGACGCGGCCAAGACGGAGGCCGGGGCCGAGGAGUCCGAGAACCAGGAGCAGCAGCGGGAGGAGGAGGACCAGGACCUGGAGGCUGGCAUCAGUCCGCGGGACGUGCUGGUCACGGGCUCGGCGGACGGCACGGCUCGCUCGUGGUCGGUCGCCACGGGAAGGCAGAUCAAGAUAUUCAAAGGGCACCGCGGCCCGGUCAGCUGCAUGGCCAUCGACAGUGACGGCAAACUGCUGUACACAUCCGGACCGGACAAGACCGUUCGCGAGUGGGACAUCGAGAAGGGCGUCUGCACCAAGCUGUUGAGCGGCCACAAGGACGCCGUCGUCUGCAUGCAGGUGGUGAACAAGCUGAUGUACACGGGUUCGGCCGACACCACGGCCCGCUGCUUCAUCACCGAGUUCGGAGACUGCACGCGCACGUACAAGUCGCACCGCGACACUGUCAUCUGCCUGCGGUUCCAUAACGGCAUUCUGUUCACCGGCUGCGCCGACAUGGUGGCCCGUGCCUUCGACGCCAAGUCGGGCAACCUGAAGCGCGUCUACAUGGGUCACGAGGCGGCCAUCAACUGCCUCACGGUGGUCGGCAAGAAGCUGUACACCGGAGGCAGCGACGGCACGCUGCGAGUCUGGGACGCCGACGUGCCACUGGACGAGUCCUCCGAGAUGGAGCUGCAGCUGGAGGAGAAGGGUGCCACCGAGGUGGCUGACAGCGGCGCUGGUGCCGGCUCCGCCGCCGCGCCACCGCAGGCCGACUCGCCGGAGCCGCAGUCGGACGUCCUGACGGCGGUCCAGACGACCGUCCAGCCGGCGGCUGCCUAG